AUGAAGCAAGUAAAUGAGAUCAACGGCCUCGGUGCCGAACAAAAACACAUGAUAAUCGAAUCAGCCGAAGUUCUCCUCCCAUCCAAAGACAUAGCAGAAGACAUCGCCUUCUGGACCUCAGAAACUCUCGGUUUCCGUAUGAACCAGAUCUACCCAGCAGACAAUCCAGCAGUCGUCACACUUUCCGGCCAUGGCCUCAACCUCCGUCUCGACAAAGCCGCAGCCACCGAGCCAGGCACAGUUCGCCUCCUAUGCCAAGGACCCGAAGAAGCAAUCCUCACUUCACCCUCAGGCACAAGAGUCGAAAUCACACCAGCAGACAUCCGUAUGACCCAACCACCAACUCAACACGCAUUCGCAACCCGUCGCCUGAAAGACAGCGACUCCUGGAUCAUAGGUCGCGCAGGAAUGCAUUAUCGUGACCUCAUCCCCGACCGUCUCGGAGGUGCAAUCAUAGCCUCACACAUCCGGAUCCCCGACGCAGGCCCAGUUCCAGAUCAAGUCCACUACCACACCGUCGGUUUCCAAUUAAUUUACUGCCACGCGGGCUGGGUGCGUCUCGCGUACGAAGAUCAGGGACCGCCUUUCAUUCUCUCGGCCGGAGAUUGUGUGAUUCAGCCACCGCAGAUCAGACAUAGGGUUUUGGAGAGUAGUCAGAAUUUACAGGUUGUGGAGGUUGGGGUGCCGGCGGAACAUAUGACUACUAUUGAUUGGGAGAUGGAGUUGCCGACUUCGACGAGGAGGCCGGAGAGGGAGUGGGAGGGUCAGAGGUUUGUGCGGAGUUGCGUUGAGGAUGCGGUUUGGGGGACGUGGAGAGUGCCUGGGUUUGAGGCGUGGGAUACGGGUGUUGGGGUUGGGACGAAAGGUGUUGCUAGUGUGAGGGUUGCGAGGCCGGAUGGAUCGAAACGGGAGGGUGUGGUUACGAGUCAUGAUUCGGAUAUUUUGUUUACUUUCAAUUGCCUCCUUAGUAAUAAGAGGCUAAUGCCCGGGCAUAGAUUUCUCCCUAGAAUCAACUAUUAA